AUGAUUAAACAAGCGGCUAGAUCUGGUUUAGACUUGACUCCUGAACCUACUGGUCUAUAUCUGAAUCGGGUAAUACCCGAUUCAGAUAAUGACCAAUAUUUUGAUAAAAUUGGAAGAUCGCCCAUAAUUUUUGGACUCGAAAAUAAAAAGCGAUAUAUGAUCGAAAAUUCGAUUUCACGCUGA